AUGGGCAUUCCACAACAAACUACAUCACCAGAAAAUGCCGGUCCUCAGAAUACGAAAAGUGAACAUGUGAAGAAGACUUUGUUUUUGAGUAUUCCUGAAAGCAGGAGCAGCAUAGAAGAUGCUCAGUGUCCUGGAUUACCAGAUUUAAUUGAAGAAAAUCAUGUUGUAAAUAAGACAGACUUGAAGGUGGAUUGUUUAUCCAGUGAGAGAAUGAGUUUGCCUCUUCUUGCUGGUGGAGUAGCAGAUGAUAUUAAUACUAACAAAAAAGAAGGAAUUUCAGAUGUUGUGGAAGGAAUGGAACUGAAUUCUUCAAUUACAUCACAGGAUGUUUUGAUGAGUAGCCCUGAAAAAAAUACAGCUUCACAAAAUAGCAUCUUAGAAGAAGGGGAAACUAAAAUUUCUCAGUCAGAACUAUUUGAUAAUAAAAGUCUCACUACUGAAUGCCACCUUCUUGAUUCACCAGGUCUAAACUGCAGUAAUCCAUUUACUCAGCUGGAGAGGAGACAUCAAGAACAUGCCAGACACAUUUCUUUUGGUGGUAACCUGAUUACUUUUUCACCUCUACAACCAGGAGAAUUUUGAAUUUAAAAAUAAAUCCAAACAUUUUCCUUCAUAUUAUCAAUGCUUAUAUAUUCCUUAGACUAUUGAAAUUUUGGAGAAAAGGUAUUUGGGUUCACUUUUAUAGCAUAAAAUGUUUUAAUAUUCGGGGUUCGGCGGCGGAGGGUCUUAGAGUCGCGAUCACGAGAAUAGGUCCUGCGCGGUCAUCCGCUCCGAGACGUCUGGCCCUGGCCCCGUCUCAUUUUUGCCCCUGGUGUUGGGUCCAUGACUCAGCUCGCCUGGUAUGCCGUGUUGUAGCGCAUUUUUAAUCGUUUAAAUAUCAUUGGUGCGCCACUGCCAACAGUGGACGAAGCAUGA